AUGGACCCAACCUCCUUCGAUCUCCCUCCACCGCCACCCACCACCGUCCCCUUCUCCCUCGAACCCAACUUCACCUCCUCCGCCACUCACCCUCCUUACGCCGAGAUGAUAUACAAAGCAAUAGAGUCCCUCAAAGAGAAAGACGGUUCAAGCAAAAGAGCAAUUGGAAAAUUCAUAGAACAAAACUACGGUAACGUUCUUCCUCAACAACACGCCACUCUCUUGACUCAACAUCUCAACCACUUGAAAUCUGCUGGUCUUCUCAUCACCUUCAAAAAAUCUUACAAACUACCUUCCUCACUCCCUCCACCUCCAACCGUCACUAGAUCUGACUCCGAAUCUCAUCUCCCUUUCACUCCAUUAACCCAAAAAGCCCGUGGCCGUCCCCCUAAGCCCAAGCCCGAACUUAAUUCCCAACCCGAACUAACUGCCCAACCUGUUUUCGUUUCUCUAGACCCUCCUCAGGACGAGCCUCUACCUCCUCCUACAACUACCGUGGGCCCGACUCUAAACCCUACUGGAAGCCCGACGACUCUAUCUGCGAAAAGAGGACGCGGACGUCCGCCUGGGACCUUCAGAUCUAAGUCGCUGAAGAGUACCAGCCGUCCUCCUAAGCCCAAAUCUGUGUCGAAUGGGCUUAAACGACGACCGGGCCGUCCUCCGAAAGGUCAAUCUCAGCCGACUGUUAUUCCUUUUUCAGCUCCUGCUGCUGUUCCUUUUCCUUCUGUUGUGACAGAUGGGGUUACAGUACCUGUUGUUAGAUCUACCAGGCCCAGAGGCAGGCCCAAGAAGUAUGCAGAUGAGGUGAUGUCAGGUGCUCCAACGAUGAGGCAGGGUCGUCCUCCCAAGCUUGCUGUCAUCGGUGGACCCAAGAAUCCAUUCCGAAGGCCCGUGGGCCGUCCAAAGGGAGCAAAAGGUGUAAAAAAGUAUGCUAACGAAGAUCUAAGAAAGAAACUUGAACACUUUCAAUCAAAGGUUAAGGAAUCUCUUGAAGUGCUCAAACCUUAUUUUGAUCAUCAAAGUCCAGACACUGCAGUUGCAGCAAUUCAAGAAUUGGAAAACCUGGCCACUCUGGACCUUAAAGCACCAUUAAGAGAUGAAACACAGCAGCAGCAACCAGAGCAGUUUCUGGAACAGCCACAGCCGCAACAACAGCUUCCACCUCAGCAACAGGUUCCGUUGCAGCAACUGCCGCCGCAGGUGCAGCAGAUUUAUGAACAGCAGUAUCUCCAGAUACCAUUGCAGCAACAGAUUCAGCAACUUUUUCAGCCACACAAUUUAGCUCCAAGUUAA